AAGCGACUUGCAUGCCAGCUUGCACAACACAGCAAUCAUUUGACUUUCAGGACUUGCGAGCUGCCAUCUCACCUUCGUAAUGCAGGGGAUUGCAAAAUCAGGACGUUUAUUGCACGAAUGCUCGUUAUCGGUUCUUGGACCAUCAAGGCAACGGCAAUUAUGUUUGAGUAACGCAGCUGUAGCGGUGUCUAGUGUGCGGCCAUACUCUGUGCUGCCACCAAGUAGCGACCCCGAGGAGACGGCCAUCCUUCACCGGAUGAUGAGGGUGGACCAUGCAGGGGAGUUCGGGGCCAGUCGCAUUUAUGCCGGUCAAAUGGCUGUGCUGGGUAGAACUCAAACCAGGCCACUCAUACAGGAAAUGUGGGACCAGGAAAAGAAGCACUUGUCCAAGUUCACCGAGAUCUUGGGUGAACACAGAGUGCGCCCAACAGCUCUCCUACCACUGUGGAACAUUGCAGGCUUUGCACUGGGUGCCACGUCUGCUCUGCUGGGUAAGGAGGGGGCCAUGGCCUGCACGGUGGCCGUGGAGGAGAGCAUCUCUGAGCACUACAAUAGCCAGAUCCGGGCCCUGAUGGAGGCCGACCCAGACAGAUACAUAGAACUGCUACAGAUGAUUAAGGAAUUCCGUGACGACGAGAUGGAGCACCAUGACACUGGUCUUGCACAUGAUGCUGAAUCUGUUCCCGGCUUCUGGCUGAUAAAGAAUGUUAUACAGGCUGGAUGCAAAGCAGCAAUUUAUGCCUCUGAGCGCAUCUAGUAGAGCUCAGACUGGGAUGUGCCUAUGCAAACCCCAAAGGACUUGAGCUUGUAAAUAUGGUUAUGGAUUGCUCUUCUCAGUCAAGACUCUUGUAAUUUGAUGAUCAAUCAUCAUUUGUGGAAAUGUGAAGUUACUUUAAUUAUAUUUGUUUAAGACAUCAUGUAUUGUAUUGUUUUUUUAAAUGCUUGUGUGACGUGUAACGAUACUGGGGCUCUCGACUAUUUUUCAUACAGAAGUGAAUUUUAGGCUGCUGCCUUUUUAUGACACUAGAGGGCAGUGUGAUCACAUGAAUGUGAUAGAUUGACGUGCUUGUGUUUUAAAUUAUUUCUCAUAAGCAGUGAACAAAGUGCCUUGAGAAAUUAAAUAUCCUGUUAAAAGUC